GGUUUGGCUGAACAAUUUUUUCAGAAAUUUUUCUAGUGGAUUUACUUGACAGAUUUUCCGCAAAUAACUAGGCGCUCUCGGCGCAUGCACACAGUGCAUAUCAUUGAGAGUUGACUUGCUCUCUCUCUCUCUCUCUCUCUCUCUUUGGCCUUGUUGCCAUCAGCUCUCUCUCUUGGUUAACUAACCGGUUGAUGGGUUGGUGUGUGACUGUGUGCAGUCUUCUGAUUCUCCUUUCGUGCACGGGUCAACACAGUGUUUACAUCAUGACGCCUAGCUUUGAUUCUUGGCUGAGCAUCAAGCUCCAGGAUCUCAAGACGGAUGAAGGGGUCUUUGGCUCGUAUAUCAAAGGUAUCCUGGAAGGCGACGAGACCGAGGACGAAAAGACCGAGGCGCUCGAGGCGACGAUCGCGGGUAUAACGAAUGAUUGCAUUAACCAACAUGUGACCGAAAUCUUGAGGGCCUGGGCCAAGUGGCGCCCAGCCGAGGAUGCAGAGGACGACAACGGACCCAAAGAAGACGUGGACGUAAGGCUGGCUCGCAUGCUCGAGUCCCAGAGUUUGGCCACCAUGUCGCACAAAAGCCACCACACCGAGGAGGACAAACGAAUCAAGGAAGCUAUUCUUGCACAGUACAGUCAAAUGUCCGACGAGGAGGAAAGCGACGCAGAAGGGGACGAAGAAGGCGGAUCCUACGGAUGUACCGGGUCUGUCUCUGGUCUGGAGAAAAACACAAACGCGGCGACGAUCGCACAAGCCGAGAGGGAGAGACGGGAGCGAGCCAAACUCGAAAGCAUGAGGAAAAAAGAAAAGGACAAGGAGGACAGAGAGAAACAAAAAGCCCUCAAAGAGGAGAAAAAGGAAAAAAGAAAGACACAAAAGGGUGAAAGACGAAGGUAGCAUUAAAAAUUUUGAGCGCAAAAACAUCUCUGGACAACUCUAUCCGGAAACUGCUGAAUGUUUCGUCUUGUUUCUGAUUCUUCAUUUAUUUGAGCAUUGAAAAGUGGAAAGUUGACGUUGCGACCGUCUACUUAGAUGAUGUUCAAAUUUAUUAAAAUGCCAAAAACCGAAUCAUCAAGGGUGUGUUUGUCGCUAGUGCUGUAUCUUGUGCCAGCAUUGAUGUGCAGUGUUUUUUUUUUUUGUCUCGAAUGCUGGUACAGCCAAGUGUCCGAGUGCUUUUGUUUAUAUGUUUUAUGAUUCGAUUUAUUUUAAAUUGAAAUAUUUAAUUGUUAA